GAGUAGAGUGGAGACGCGGGGAGAGGAGAGAUCAUCUAUAAAGCCUAUGCCGCUGGGUCCCGCUCGGUUUAAAUUUUGUCCGGGGUUAGAAGGGACACGUGAGAUGUAGCGGAGGGAGAGGCGGACCUCAUAUUAGGGUCGGAUCUGAGUCAAGGAAGGCUUCUCUUUCAUUUACUUCUUUCAGGCUGACCUUAAACUCGAGAUCAUCCCUCGUCCUGCCUCAGCCUCCCCAGUGCUGGGAUUACAGGCGUGCGUCAUCACGCCUGGUUCAGAAAGGUUCCUGGAAGGCAUUCACAUCUUUGAAGAGCCAGGACAGGACAAAUGAAUAAGGACGGAUCAGGGCAUUCAAGAGACCAGCAGGAAAUGAGAUGCAGUUUGUGUAGUCCUCAGGCAAAACCAGGGGUGAUCGACGCAGUCUAUUUUCUUUCUCUCUGGUCUGAUUCUACUUGCGGCUGAAGCUAAUGAGCGUUGAAGAAAUCGAACCUUAGCAGUUUUGAUUUGCGUUGUUUUUCUCCUUUGCCAGCUCCUCACCAGCCAGGAGAGUUACGGGCCCUCCGAGAGCACGUCAGCACUGAUUGGCUCGCAGCGAUUCCGGCGCACUAAUUCUCGUCUUGGAUAGGCCGUCAGAUCUCGCGCGACCAAGACCAAAAAAAAAAAAAAAAAAGGUGGUAAGAUGGCCGCUGCGGCUGGUGUGGGCCGGCUAGAGGAAGAGGCCCUGCGGAGAAAAGAACGGCUGAAGGCCCUACGGGAGAAAACCGGGCGCAAGGACAAAGAAGAUGGGGAGCCGAAGAUCAAGCAACUCCGAGAAGAGGAGGAAGAAGGCGAGAAGCACAGGGAGCUCAGGCUGCGGAACUAUGUCCCAGAGGAUGAGGACCUGAAGAGGAGGAGGGUACCCCAGGCCAAACCCGUUGCAGUGGAAGAAAAGGUGAAGGAGCAGUUGGAGGCCGCCAAGCCUGAGCCUGUCAUUGAGGAAGUGGACCUGGCCAACCUGGCACCCCGGAAGCCCGAUUGGGACCUCAAGAGGGACGUGGCCAAGAAGCUGGAGAAGCUGGAGAAGCGGACACAGCGGGCCAUUGCCGAGCUCAUCCGUGAAAGGCUGAAGGGCCAGGAGGACAGCCUGGCCUCUGCUGUGGACGCCACCACCGAGCAGGAGGCCUGUGACUCUGACUGAGUGGCCGCCACCCCUCCGUUGCUGGGCCACCCGGCAGUGGGCCCAGCAUCACCCCAGGUCCUCCCGGACAGCUGCAGCAGCCGUUGGGGCUGAGCCCCGCAGGGUGAGGACAGUCCCCCUCCCCAGGGUCCCUGCCACCCUGGGUGAGCAUGCCCACGUCUGUGCAUAAUGCCAGUCUCAAAAUGGAGACAAGUAAACCUGUGUACAGCAGAAACCUGUGAGGUGUGUGCUGGGUGCUUCAAAACAGGGAGGCCGUGGUGGUGGCAGCGUUGGAGGUGAAGGACUCGGGGACAGCUGGCUGGAGGGGUGGGAGAGCCUGGGGCUGACUUGGGUCUAAUUGCAGCCCAGCGGUGGACAUCUCAAUGCGCUGGGUGACAGAGACGGGGUCUGGAGUUUCUUAGGACCGCCGCAGGCCUCGGCCUUGCCUAGUGCCCCAUCCCAGUCCUCAUGGGCCCCACACAGAUAAGAAAGGAGGAGGAGACAGGGCCCUGUACGUCUCCUGGAGCCACUCAAACUUGAGCCCCACCCUGCCUGGCCCCCAGCAGCCCCUGUCUGCCCGUUGGACAGAGCCCCAGUCCACCUGCUAGAGGUGGACACGUGGGGCUUUCGGGGAUUGUCGGCCUGGCUGCAGUCCUGGCUUGAGGAUCCAGAAUGCCUCUGGGGCUAAUGAGCAUGGCCCCUGGCUGCGCUGCCCAUUGUCCCCAGAACUCUGUCUCCUCCAGGGUGCUGCAGCCAAGAGUCUCCCUUAGCGCUCUCCCUGUUCUGUCUGGAAACUCACUGGUGCAGCUCUGGUGGCAGUGCUGGGCCCAGGGCCAGGGCGGAGAGGACAUGUGCAUGUAGACGAUCACGCCCUGUGACUUAAAAUC